AUGGCAGUGGGCUUCACGAAGCCUGCACUUGUAUCACAGCAGGAGAUACUUGAGACUCAGAUCUCCAAAUUGGUGCACGUAAUCAAGACACGAGGGAAGAAUGGCAAAGCCUUGAAUAUGGCCGAUUGGUUAUCCUUUACAACAUUCGAUAUUAUCGGCGAUAUAUGCUUCGGCGAGUCGUUCCACUGCUUGGACAGUGGUGUUGCUACUGAAUGGGCAGAGGCAACGACGAAAGUCCUUGUUACUUCGAACUUGGACAUGGCCGUCCGGAGAGUCGCGGGAGUGGGUACACUGCUCAACCGUAUCGCGCUCAGACUUAUGCCGAAGGAAGCAAUGAAGUGGAGGAUGAUUUCUUUCGUGAACGCGAAGAAAAGGACUCUCGAGCGUCUUGCCGACGAAAAGUCUGACCAUAAAGACAUAGUUUACCACUAUCAACGCAACCAGGACGCCCGAAAGUCCCUAUCGCCAACCGAGCUUUACCUCGACAUGAUGGCCCUCAUCGUUGCCGGCUCCGAAACUACUUCCUCCCUUCUCGUCAGUUUCAUGUGGGUUCUCAGCACCCAUCGCGACAUCCAUCAGCGCCUCGCUACCCUCAUUCGUACCACCUUCGCAGACCCAAGUGACAUUACACUACAGAAGUUGGAAGACUUGGUGUAUUUUGAUGCAUGCAUCAAAGAAGCUUUGCGUGUAUUCCCACCGGUCAGCUCAAGUCUUCCCCGCGAAACCCCGGCGCAGGGUGCGCAGAUCGGUCCGCUUGUAGUGCCGGGAGGUACGGCAGUCUCCACGUCGCCAUGGGCGUCAGUACGCUCUGAGCGUAACUUCCAUCUGCCCAAUGAAUUUCACCCCGAGCGAUGGCUGCGCAACAACCCCGACGAGGGCUGGGACCCAGCUUUUGAGGACGACAAGCUGUCUGCGUCCGCACCGUUUGGGGCAGGGCCAAGACUUUGCAUAGGCCAGAAUUUGGCUUACUUCGAGAUCCGGUUGACCAUCGCACAUCUACUUUGGUCUUUUGACUUCGAAUUGGAGACCGAAGGAAUAGAAGGUAAGAAGAAUCGCCUGUGGAGUCUGGAUCCCCAUUUUGGGCUUCUGAGAUCGUUUCAGACUCUGAACCGACCCAAUUUGUACAUUCGGUUCCAAGAACGGGCAGGCAUCUAG